AGAAAAGAAGCUAACUAGAAACUGGCAAUAGCAUAGAUACACAAAGAAAGUCACAAUGUCCUUAUUUCCUUUGUCAUUGUUUGUAUGUUCCAUCCUUCUAAAACUGCUAGUAUUUUCCUCAUUAACUUCUCAUCAUCCCUUAAUCCUUCUUGUUGAGUCGACUCGUUCGAGCAUCGAUUCAGACAAGGAUGCCUUAAUAUCAAUCCGAUCCCAACUAAGCCUAGAUAAUCCUUCAAAUCCUUUAUCAUCUUGGGACAAAAACUCAUCCCCAUGCAAUUGGACAAGAGUUGUUUGUAACAAGUUUGGUCAUAGAGUCAUUGGUCUUAACUUGUCUAGCUUACACCUUAUUGGACCUAUUAGUCCUCAUAUAGGUAAUCUCUCCUUUCUCCGUUCCUUACAACUUCAAAACAACCAAUUUACCAACACAAUUCCAAAGGAAGUAUGUAAUCUACUUCAUUUGAAAGUUCUCAACUUGAGUUCCAACCACUUAGAAGGUUCGAUUCCAUCGAAUAUAAGCAAGUUACGCGAGCUCAAGGUUUUGGACUUGACAAUGAACAAGAUUAUGGGGAGGAUUCCUGAUGAAGUUAGCUUCCUCCCAAAACUCGAAAUCUUGAGCUUGGCAAGCAACUCAUUUUCAGGCCCUAUACCGCCAUCUCUUGGAAAUCUGACCUCAUUGAUUAACUUGGAUUUGGGUACUAAUACACUUAGAGGCACUAUUCCGAAAGAACUGAGCCAUCUUCGGAGCCUCAAACAUUUUGACCUCAGCAUCAACAACCUCACUGGAAUAGUCCCUGCACCUAUCUAUAACAUGUCAUCUCUAGUCUUUCUCGCCUUGGCAUCAAACCAAUUGCAGGGUGAGCUUCCUUAUGAUGUUGGAGAAAGGUUACCAAAUCUUCUAACUUUUUAUUUUUGCAUCAACAACUUCACAGGAAGAAUUCCUGGCUCAUUGCAAAAUCUUACCAACAUCCAAGUGAUUCGUAUGGCUCACAAUCGUCUCACUGGAACCAUACCACCGGGUCUAGGGAACCUUCCAUUCCUCAAGAUGUACAACAUUGGCUACAACUACAUAGAAAGUUCAGGUGAUAAUGGUCUUGAUUUUCUAACUUUAUUAGCUAAUAGUACUCAACUUAACUUCCUUGCCUUUGAUGGAAACCUAUUAGAGGGGUUCAUACCGGAUUCUAUAGGAAACCUUUCAAAGGUUCUCUCGAAGUUAUACAUGGGGGGAAAUCGCAUUCAUGGUAGUAUACCAAGCUCAAUAGGUCAACUUACUGGCUUGUCAUUGCUAAACAUAAGCUACAAUGAGAUCACGGGUUCAAUACCUAGCGAAAUUAGCCACUUACAAGAUUUGCAAGUCUUGGAUUUGUCUAAGAAUCAUAUCUCUAGUAUCAUUCCACAAUCCUUAGGUAAUCUCAUAAAGCUAAAUAAACUUGAUUUAUCUAGCAAUAAUUUGAUAGGUCAAAUUCCUAGCUCCUUUGGAGGUUUUAGCAAUCUCAUUUAUAUGGACUUAUCAUCCAAUAUGCUUAAUGGAACCAUACAUAGAGAAAUCCUUAGCCUCUCAACUUUGAGCAAUACCCUAAAUUUGUCUCACAACCAUUUUGAUGGGCAAUUAUUAGAGGAAAUUGGGCUACUAACCUUAGUGAUUACCAUUGAUCUUUCGCGUAAUCAGUUGUCAGGGUACAUCCCUACCUCCAUUUCAAAUUGCAAGAGUUUGGAGACAUUGAACAUGGCUCAAAAUCUUUUCUUUGGUCCUAUCCCAAGCUCUUUAGGAAACUUAAAAGCACUUCAAACGUUGGAUCUUUCUCAUAACCAACUAUCCAGUGUCAUUCCUACCAACCUUAAUCUCUCGAAUGCUAUCGAAUCCUUAAACCUUUCCUUCAACAAUCUUGAAGGAGGACUUCCUUGUGAUAAGCUCUUUAGAAAUCAUUCUAAAAUCCACUUACAAGGCAAUCCGCGACUUUCAUUGCAUUUAGAGUGUGAGAAUAAAGCUCAAGUUGCUCAUCAUACACGACUAUUUAACAAAAAUGUCAUCAUAGUUGUUGUAGUUGUGGCUAUUUUCGUUUUAUUCUUUGUCAUUUCUACAUUCUUUUUUGCAAUAAAGAGAAGGAAAGCCAAGCUGAAUAGAACUUCGGAAUCCAAGCAGAUGGAGGGACAUUACAUGGUUAAAUAUGAUGAGCUUCGUCAAGCCACUGGAGGUUUUAGUGAAGGAAACUUAAUUGGAAGUGGAAGCUUUGGAUCAGUUUACAAAGGGUAUCUAAGAGAUAACAUGGCUGUUGCGAUUAAGGUCCUUGACAUGAAACUAGCCGCGUCUUGGAAGAGCUUUUUCGCGGAGUGUGAAGCUUUAAGGAAUGUUAGACAUCGGAACCUUGUUAAGCUUAUAACAUCUUGCUCAAGUUUAGAUAACAAAAACAUGGAAUUCCUUGCUCUAAUUUAUGAGUUCCUUAGUAAUGAGAGCUUAAAGGAUUGGAUUAAGGGCAAAAGAAAUAAAGAAAAUGGAGAUGGUUUGAGCAUUUUAGAAAGGUUGAAUGUGAUUAUUGAUGUUGGUAGUGCACUAGAUUAUCUGCAUCAUGAUAGUGAAGUUCCCGUGGUGCAUUGUGAUAUAAAGCCUAGCAACAUUCUCCUUGAUGAAGAUAUGACUGCGAAAAUCGGAGAUUUCGGGUUGGCAAGGUUGUUAAUGGAGAAUAUGGGUGAACAUUCCAUUAGUUCGAGCCAUGUUUUGAAGGGUUCUAUUGGGUAUAUGCCCCCAGAGUAUGGUUUAGGAGUAAAACCAUCAACAGCUGGAGAUACAUACAGUUUUGGAGUAACAUUGUUGGAGCUGUUUACUGGUAAAAGCCCAAGCCAUGACACUUUUACAGGUGAACAAGGAUUAGUUGCGUGGGUUCAAGCAUGCUUACCUACUCAGAUGAAGCAACUCUUGCUUGAUCCCGAGCUGCGGCGACAGCUCCUGGAUCAUCCUGAUGAUGGUGAUGGCUACAAUCAAAUGAAAGUCCAAGAAGAAGAUUUGGAUUAUUGCUUGGUGAACGUUUUCGAGGUCGGAUUAUCAUGUACUGCUUAUCAUCCUGAUAAACGCAUUACUAUGAGGGAGGCUCUUCACAAGCUUAAAGCUGUUCAAAAGAAGCUCCUCAAAUCUUAGAUAACUAUGGAUCACUGCUAAUAAGACUGUAUUAUUAGUUGGAAGGAACAAAGCAUUUGAAUUUUGAUGCAAUCAUAUGUGACAUCAAAAUUCAAAACAGCACAAGUUCUUUUUGAUAAUCUAUUAGUUCCACAAUAACAUUAGUAAUAGUAGUUAAGCAAGGUACUUAAGAAGUUCCAAGAAACUGAGAAAAAGAGUAAAUUUCUUCCCGAUUUUGCUUAAUUUUAUAUAUUGCACUCGCUCUCUCGAUUGAGAAGUAUACUGAUAUUGAUAUGAUACUUAUUACGUUUCUUAAUA